AUGAAGUUUAUUGAGAAGGCCAAGUCUGAUUUCCAAACAGACAGUACCAUCAAUACUAUACGACAACAGGUCAGCUCUGCCUUACCCAGAUUACCUUCCGCAACAGGGCAGUAUCUGGUCGAAAAAGUCCCUAUCGUACAAUGGCUGCCUUACUACGAGCCCAAAUGGAUUCUUUCAGACUUCAUUGCGGGCAUGACUAUUGGCGUCAUGAUGAUUCCGCAAGCACUAGCCUAUGCUAAAAUUGCCACCAUUCCGGGGGAGUUUGGCUUAUACUCUAGUUGGCUUCCGGCUGCGAUCUAUGUCUUCAUGGGAACUUCCAAGGUAAUAAGCUCACAAUUAGACCUCUCUACCGGACCAACUUCCAUCAUGGGACUUUUGACCGCAGAAAUCAUCAGUGAUCUCAAGACGGAUGGGUUCGCCCCUGAGGAAAUCGCAUCAGCUGUAGCUUUAAUGGUCGGCAUAUACUCGCUGGUUCUUGGGCUUUUGAAGCUUGGAUUUAUUCUGGAUUACAUUUCUGUGCCAGUUUUGUCCGGGUUCCUGUCAGCAGCCGCCAUUACAAUCCUUCUUGGCCAAGUUGGUUCUCUUGUUGGUCUCAGCAAUGUACCUUCAGGUACGGCCAGUAUCAUCAACAACGUUUUCUCUCGAAUCCCCGAGAUGGAGCCCCUUACCAUUGCCAUUGGCUUCAGCGGUAUUGUCAUGCUGUACAUUCUGGAGUUCAUUGGAAAGAAGUGGGGGAAGAAAAGCUCUGUGAUCAAAUUUAUCUGCAGCAGUCGUGCGGUCAUUGUACUGUUCAUCUAUACGACAAUUAGCUUCCUUGUCAACAGGAACAGAAGCGUUCCUCUAUGGGCGAUUAGCAAGGUCAAGGCAAAUGGACUACAGGCCCCAAAAAUACCUGUUGCUGGCUUGGUUUCCAAGGUCACGACCAGAGCAAUUGCACCUCUUGUUGCAGCAGCUCUCGAACACUUGGCUAUCGGAAAAGCGUUCGGUCGAAAGAAUAAAUAUUCUAUCGAUGAAAGUCAAGAGCUAUGCUAUCUAGGAGUUACAAACACGAUUAACAGCUUGUUUGGAGCCAUGAGUGUCGGAGGGGCCAUGUCGAGGACAGCAGUCAACUCCGAAUGUGGCGUCAAGAGCCCAAUGAGUGGCGCCUUCACAGCCGGAUUCAUCCUUCUGACACUGUACAAGCUAUCGGGAGUUCUGUUUUGGAUUCCAAAGGCGACGCUCUCGGCAAUAAUUAUCAUGGCUGUUAUACAUAUCAUUGGCCCAGCAUCACUCUUUUAUCGUUACUGGCGAAUUUCAUUCCCAGACUUUGUCGCCUCAAUGCUCUCUUUUUGGGUUACGCUCUUUGUAUCGACAGAGAUGGGCAUUGCAUUUGCGGUUCUUUUCAGCAUCGGAUACACUCUCGUUCGCUCAGCGUUUCCCAAAGUCAAAGUAUCCUCUGCCAUGAGUGCACGGAAUGAUACGACUUUGCAGGCCCAGAAAUCCGUAUCGACGACUCCCAAAGACGCUCUGAUCCCCGACGACGCUAUGCUCGUCAGUUUCACAGACUCCAUCUUCUUCCCCAACGCUGGUCGUGUCAAAAAAUCCGUCAUUGAGUCUGUCAAGGUGCAGUUUGAGUCCCAAGCGACAGUAGGCGAGUCCGAAGGCAAGUCCCCGGACCGUUCUUGGAGUGUUGCGUCAGCAAAGCGCAUUGAAAUGUUGCGAAAGCGCAACAAAAUUGUGGCUUCAAGCUCGCCAAUGUCGAUCAUGGUGUGGGAUUUUACACAAGUGCCGUUUGUUGACGUAACAGGAGUCCAGACAAUGGCUGAGAUUAAGGAUGAGGUAAAGCAAUACGUUGGGAAGCAAAUGGUCUUGCGAUUUGUCGGUAUGAACCACAAAGUACGGCGCAGAUUUGCCCGUGCCGGGUGGAAAGUUGUGAAUGACCGCGAUAUCGACGAUGAAGUGUCGGACGAGAUAGAUGUUGCAUAUGAGGAGUUAGGGUCAGCCCUUUGGGAUAGAACCAAUCCUAAGGAGCAGGAGAAGGUUGGUUUGGGGGAGACGGAGUACUACGGUCUAAGCGAUGAGCCCCAGCGAUAA